GAAUUCAUCCCUUAAAAAAAAUACACCCCCUAAGUUUCUUCGCUCUCUGAGGCACUGAUGUUAAAGCUACUAUCUUCUCCCCAUUGUUUCAUUACCCCAUUAUUGAACCCCUCCAGAGGCCGCCUACAUUCCAUUGCCAGAGCCUCCUCUUCUUUCACUCAGACAUCUGUCAGAUCUCCCAAGAUGGACUCUGAAAGCUAUAUGUUUGGACCCUAUAAGAUUGACUCAAAGGAAGUGUUUUACUCUACCCGACUUUCUUAUGCCCUAGUCAAUCUCCGCCCUGUUGUUCCUGGUCAUGUGCUUGUCUGCCCGAGGCGUGAUGCGAAGCGCUUCGUUGAUCUCACUGCUGAUGAGACUAGUGAUAUAUGGCUUACGGCGCAGAAGGUUGGCCAGCAGCUUGAGUCCUAUCACAAGGCAUCUUCACUAACAUUUGCAAUCCAAGAUGGGCCCCAGGCUGGACAGACUGUUCCUCAUGUUCACAUUCAUAUACUCCCGCGCAAAAGUGGCGAUUUUGAGAAAAACGAUGAGAUUUAUGAUGCUAUUGAUGAGAAGGAGAAGGAACUUAACCAGAAGCUUGAUUUGGAUAAAGAAAAGAAGGACAGAACCAUGGAAGAGAUGGCUGAAGAGGCAGCCAACUACAGAAAGCUUUUCAUAUAGGCUUGGUAUCAGGUUGUGGUUCACAUUUCUAUUUUUAAUUUGCAGGAAGUCGACGUGUGUGCUUUCAUAGGUUAUAAACAUGGUCCGAAUCUGUAUUUAUGAUUUAAAGGAUGCAUAACUUGCAGUUUUCACCAGAAUGGAGAAUUAUUUUUAAUGAAUAAGAUCAGAAAAAGUUCUUUUGGA